UUUGCUUGACCCUGGAGAGGAAACUGAGACUGCAGAAAUUCUUAAUAAUAUUUUUGUCUUGACAUAAAUCUUUGAUCAUCCUUGUUCGGGAUGUCUAAAUUACUAGAGAAGUGGGCCAAUUUUGGUUAUCAGAAGAGUGAGAUUCGAACUGCAAUCGUUUUCGGCAAAAACGGAGAAAAUGUAAUUAUUGUCCUGGCAAAUGAUGAGGUGUUUGCCUUUGGAAAAAAUAAAAGAGGGUGUCUUGGAGUAGGCAACCUAGAUGAAGUGGAUGAGCUUAAGCGCAUUGAGAAUUUGUGUGGGCAAGGAAUCGAAGGGUUGGAAUGUGGCAUCUUUGACCGAGAUAAAUUCCACAUGUUGGCAAUUUCUGGAUCUGGUUCUGUAUUCUCUUGGGGAAAUAAUGGCAGUGGACAGCUUGGAUUAGGAACCAAAGAAUGCACCGAAGUGCCCACCAAAAUUUCAGGUUGUCUAGAGCACAAAAAGGUUGUCCAAGUGGCUUGUGGCGGUUAUCAUACACUAACUUUGACGUCAGAGGGAGAGGUAUACGCAUUCGGUUGUAAUGCCUAUGGCCAAUUAGGUUUGGGGUCCAAAGACAACCAACUGCUUCCACAGAGGGUUGGCGGACUCCUGGACGGGAUUAUUGUAGCCUCAGUUGCAUGCCAAAAAUACUCUUCUUUUGCACUCCUACAAUCAGGAAAGAUUUGCGCUUGGGGUUACAACCGAGAUUGCUUCUUGGGCUCAUCUUCAACGUCAGAACAUGAAUGCAGUCCCUGUAAGGUGAUCGGCUUGGAAGGAGUCGUGAUUUCCCAAAUUGUUUGCGCAGACUUUUUCAUUCUCGCUUUAUCGGACGACGGAAAAAUUUACUCUUGGGGAGUAAUCUACAACAGCCAUUCAGAGAAGAGAAUUUGGCUCAAUAGACCUACCAUUAUUACAACAGAGAUGGGAAGAGUCAAGGACAUUGCUGCCACUCAUUAUGGGAGCCACCCGAGCGCUGCAAUCACUGAAGACGACAAGGUUUACAUUUGGGGCAAUUGCAAUGGUCAAUUGGUUUUGAAACCAAUCGUCACUUCGUUUUCGUCAUUUGACGAAGUUUUCGCUACUGCCUCUCCUUCUGUAACCUACCAGCGAUUUCCAAUGAAAAUUACGGAGGAUGAGAGUAAAAGAAAAUGCCCCAUAAGCAAGCGUUUUCCAGAAGUGUUUGACAACCCUGAAACAGCUGACUUUGCGUUCAUUGUCGAAGGGAAGAAAAUCCACGUGCACAAGAUUAUUUUGAUCCUGGUCAGCGACGUGUUCAAGAAUUUGUUUUUGGGCGAUUGGAAGGACAGUUGUCAAAAGGAGCUGAUAGUCGAGGAUCACAGCUACGACGCCUUCUACGCGUUCCUCAAGUACUUCUACACUGGGAAAGUCAAUUUCACAGCUGAACUUGCUCUAGAUGUUUACACCGUAGCCCGCUUUUAUCUGGUGACUGAUCUGAUGGAGGUGUGCAAAAAGAUACUCAAAUCCGGCCUGACAUUGCAAAACGCUUCAUUUUUAUACGAGAAAGCAACUUUGCUGGGAGCUAAGGACCUGUGUGAGGUCUGCGUGAAAUUUUGCGAGAAGCGUUGGGUUGAUGUCAUGGACAAUUUUGAGUCUGAUGAUCGCAAGAGAGAAGUCGUUAUGGAAGUGUUUCGUUGGUUUGCUGCUGGAAAGAAAAACUAAUGGAAUAGUUUUUCUUUGAUCUAUUGCGCUCAUGCGUAGGCUAUUAUGCUGUAAUGUUUUUGUCUCGCGAAUCUGAGACAACGUCAGAGAUGUAGUCAAUUGUUAAAAAACAAAAUUAUAUGAUAAAAAUAUGAUGUCUUGUACAAUUUUGAGUCUGAUGAGAGCACAAAUGAAUCCUUUUUGGUAGUUUUCCGUCGGGCGGCAAGUUAAAAGAAAAUCUGAUAAUAGUUUCUCAUUGAACAAUUGCGCUCAUGCAGUUUG